CCGGGCUCUAGAAUGUCAAUUUGACUCACGAAAUGGUUCCAUUCAAUUACUUACUUCUCGCAUCGUUCUUGGCUCUACUCUCGCAAGGGGUCGGCGACACGGCCCAACGCGACACUCUCUACAAGAAAAUCUACAGAACUAUUAAUCUGAGAGACUACUGCGUUCGACUAACGAAUGCUACGCAUGCCAUCGGUUGUGGAACUUCUGAAAGUGGCACCACUGGCACCAUACAUUUCGUUAACGACGACGACGACGACGACGUUCAAUACGUAAGUUCGUCAGGCAAGCAUCCACCCUAUGCUGUCGUCAUACAACUCAACGCGUUCAACAGUGGAUUAAUUCGUCGGUUUGUCAAUUCGUCUGCUCGUAUUGCUGGCGUUCUGAUCAACGGGACGUUGCAGCAGCCGUCAGAAGGCAAUCAGUCUCCUGCACUUGAGUGUCCGAAUCAACAGUUUGGUCUCUAUUCCGACACCAAGUGCAGUCCUGUAUGGAACGAACAUGCUUCUGGGUUAUCAUACGAGUCGUUUCCGUUUCCCAUCUAUAUCCUGAAUGCGGAGGACAUGGAAGAUAUUUAUGAUUGCUACAAAAAGUUCAACGUUCCAGUCAAAGAUGACACUAUUACAUAUCCACUCUGUAAAGUCAACAUGCAGUCAUUCAUGUAUGCAGCGGGAGACACAACGACAUGCAUGAGAAGGAGUAACGGUCUCUUUGGUGCCGUCUUUUGUGAUCCAUUGGAAAACCCUCAAGUGUGGGGUUCUCUCUUUCCAUUAGUUCAACAGGAAGGUGAUUCGUCUGUCAGUCGAGAGAUUGUUUUUCUAGCUGCCAAGAUGGACACGUCUGCAUUCUUCCAUCAGAUGGCAUACGGUGCAGAGAACGACGCCACAGGAAUAGUCGUCUUGUUUGCAGCAUUAGAGGCAAUAGGAGAACAGAAACGAAAAAAUAGACUGAAGCAAGAAGCCAUGAAACCAAUAGUCUUCACAUUUUUCAAUGGGGAAGAAUGGGACUACAUUGGAUCAUCUCGUAUGGUCUAUGACAUGGUUAAGGGGAAAUUUCCUGAUAUUGAAAACGGACCAGCUGAUUUCAAUCUGAUGGAUAUCAAAUAUUUCUUAGAAUUACGUCAACUAGGACUCUCAAGUGGUGGAAUGUUCUACGGCCAUCAACCCAACGAUACUAGGUCACCACAAGAUACUUCAAAUACGCUUUUCAACACUCUCCAAGAGAAUGCAGUGAAGUCUGAUUGGGUUCUGGAGGAGGUGAAGGAAACAAGCAGCAGUCAACUUCCACCCGCCAGCCUUCAGUCUUUCUUGAAGGCUUCGACAAAUAUUGCUGGUCUCGUUCUCACUGACCACCAUGAACAAUUUGCAAACAAGUUUUACGGAUCAAUAUUUGAUAGUGAAUAUUAUGUCUAUCCAAACUGUACGAAUUUGCCUCUUACAAGAAAUCUUACAAAUGUUGCUAGUGCUGUUGCUCGUACUGCUCUACGAUUGGCAGGAGUAGACGAUGGCAUCAUAGAGAAUGUGACUGCUAAGGAAGAUACGAUUAAGCAGCUUUUGUGUUGCUUUCUCCACAACUCGAAUUGCACAUACUUUCAGGAUCUGCUAGCAACAGACGAUCAACGGGACAAACUGACAACCAAUGUUCCUCUUGUUCGUUACGUCAGUGUUGAUGGAAGUACACCGUUUGUUGAGUCAAUCAUCAAGCUGCUGGCCGUUCGUUUUAGUGGACGACUGGCUAGUGGUUAUGAGCACACGAAGUGUCCGAGUGACGGAACAGAUCUACGUAAAUGGUAUACAAUGCAAAAUGCUGAUAAUCACAGCAGGAUUCAGUGCCAUGAGGCUUACGUUUAUGAAUACACCGUGAAGUCACCCGCGUUUGUUGAUGGCAACUACGACAAAGAGAAGAAUCAGUAUUCUACGUGGGCCGAGAGUGUUUGGGACACGCCGACUGUCGUCAUGUAUGUUGUCUCGGACGACCAGCUGGAGGAUGUCACCCUGGGAGUCGGUUGUAUGGUGUUGGUCGUCUGGUUCGCUCUCGUUUUCUUCGUCACUCGACGAAUUGAGAAAGUGUUUAUCGAACAGUAGUGUGUUACACAUGUUAGUCUAGCCGCAUUUUUACACUCGUGUAUGAUUAUGUUUAUAGAAUUUGUCGAUUCAAUAUAAUAAUGAUUGUUGUAAGGUAAGCCGCGCAAUGUUUAGGCAUCCAAGGCAAAUUAUUUAUAUUAAUUAUUGAAGUAGUGGUCUUCAAUACGCGCAUUUUCUUCUAU